UCUUACUAACCGCGCACGAUGUCGACUAAUAAUUAGCAACGGCAUAAUACUUGUAACUAUCCCGCGAUGUCACUUUCUGACAGAAUUGUUGGCGUUGACGUAGCCCAUGAAUCUCUUCGAGACCAUAACUUGUGUAAUAUACAAAAACGAUAUUUUGACUUUUUGCGGAACUUUCGCGCAGGGGCUGCAUACAAGUAUCGUGAGGCCUUGAUGCAUCAGUAUCGGCGUCGAGAACUCGCUAUUACUGUGGAACUCUCUGAUUUUGCUACAUUCGACCAUGAGCUAUUGACAAUUUUCCAAUGCCAGCCUAGCGAGCAGCUACGUCUCAUGGAAGCUGCGGCACAUGAUGCACUGAAGAAAUCUAUGCUAGAAAAUCAAGAAGGUAGGACCAGCAGGCUUUUCUGCCGAGUGUUGCACCUGAUAUUUUGUUCUAGGUCGCGUUUUGAGUUCUAUUCAGAUAUUGUUAAAGUCACAAACACAGUCGGUGAUCGCACUCCGUUCGCUCAUCGCGGAACACAUAGGGAAGCUUGUGAAAGUGUCUGGUAUCAUCGUGAGUGCAUCCAAGGUCAAAUCAAAAGCCACUAGAAUUCAUUUUCAGUGUGUCAAGUGUGGAAGGCAUAAAGUAGUAAUUUGCGAAGGGGACUUCACCGCAUCCAUGAUACCACAACGCUGUGACGUGAGUCCCGCGGAAGCAACCGGCACAGAGAAGUUCGACUGUGGUCAAUCUCCUUAUGAGAUCAUCCCAGACAAAUGCUCGUAUGUGGAUCAGCAAACUCUCAAGCUGCAAGAAGUACCCGAGGCUGUGCCCACGGGUGAGAUGCCAAGGUCAGUCACCUUGACGGUGGAACGAGGUCUGGUGGACUUUGUUUCGCCUGGAGCAAGAAUUUCAGUGCUGGGCGUGUACUCUCUCUUUGACCGAUCAGACAAUCCGAGGAGCUCCGAAGUGACCAUAGCGGCCAUCCGCAUUCCUUAUGUCAAGGUUGUAGGAAUUGAGGCUGACACAAGUGGGCAUAGGAAAGAGCAGCGUUUUACGCCUAGAGAGGAAGAGAUUUUUGCUACUCUUUCGCGACGAGCGGACAUCCACCACCUACUUGCGACAUCUAUAGCACCGAGCAUUCAAGGUGAGUAUACGUCUGAUGUCAAGAAGGCAUUGGCUUGUCAGCUCAUUGGGGGGUGUAAAAAGACGUUACCUGAUGGUACCAAGCUCCGUGGGGACAUCAAUAUCUUGCUCCUUGGCGACCCGUCGACAGCUAAGUCCCAGUUUUUGAAAUUUGUCCAGAAAGUGGCCCCCGUGGGGGUGUACACGUCCGGCAAAGGAUCCUCGGCAGCUGGGUUGACUGCGUCAGUGAUUCGUGAUAGGAAUAAAGAAUUUUUCCUUGAAGGUGGCGCCAUGGUGUUGGCAGAUGGUGGGAUAUGUUGCAUCGAUGAAUUUGAUAAAAUGCGUGAAGCAGACCGUGUGGCUAUUCACGAGGCAAUGGAGCAGCAAACAAUAUCAAUCGCCAAGGCAGGAAUCACUACUGUGUUGAAUUCACGCACAUCUGUGCUUGCGGCGGCGAACCCAAUUUUCGGUCGAUACGAUGAUCUACGUUCGACCGCAGAAAACAUUGAUAUGAUGUCUACUAUCCUUUCGCGCUUUGAUUGCAUUUUUAUUGUCCGUGAUAUCCGCGACGAGUCUCGCGAUAUUUUCAUUGCCAAGCACGUCAUGGGAGUUCACAUGAAGGCAUCUGACUCAGCGAGAGUCAACGACGCCCCGGAAGUGACCGCAGGCCAAUCCUCCCAUGAACAUUUGCAAAAUCUUGAGCUGAGCAUGCUUAGAGACUAUAUUUCGUUCUGUCGAUCCAGGUGCUCACCACGAUUGGAUGAGGAGACUUCAGCACUCCUUGCGUCAGAAUAUGUAUUGAUCCGCUCAGCUAUCAAACAAAGGGCGGAGGAAGCUGGCGGACCUAGGCAGCUGGCAGUUCCUAUCACUAUUCGGCAACUGGAAGCUCUUGUGAGGCUCGCGGAGUCACUUGCGAAGAUGCGGCUGAAUUCGAAGGUUGAUGUUGCCGAUGUAUAUGAGGCGCUGCGGCUCUUCAAAAUGUCGACGAUGACAGCCGCAUCAGUCGCUUCACCUGCCAGCGGGGCGGAGAUGCGAUUUCUAGCUGAUGACGAGCGUGCUCAGAUUCAAAAUGCUGAGCAGUUUGUCAAACAGCGUGUUCCCAUUGGUGCUGAUGCGAGCACAAUGCGACUUCUGGAAGAGGGCAUAGUCCUCGGUCAUAGUGAUUUUGCGCUGCGGCGUGCAUUGAAUAUUAUGAACCAGCGUACAGAGCUCUCGGAGCUCAGUCAAGGGCGGCGUGUCCGCCGGCUCCGCUAGUUGCCCUGGGAUUCGCCCUGCCUCGCAUUGUGCUGCUGUUGCUGUGUGUUUACAGGUGCAUGGGGUAAUGGCGAUCUGCAGCAAUACAGCCGCAUAUGCAGCAGUUGAAAUGCACCGGUCGGGACGUGAUAUAAAUUUCCAUUUCGGCCCUCU